GGGACCGCAGAGCUCCGCGGCGGCGAGGCCGGGACCGCCCGCUCCGCAGGCACCGCCAGACCCGCGUCGCCGCCACAGCCCGGCCCGGCCCGGCCCGGCCGCCCGCCCGCGGAGGCCGGCGGCUCCCUGCGGCGCUGAUCUCCGGGCGCGGCGAGGCAGCUCGUUUUAAGCACGCUAUGUGAAGCACCCGACCGGCUGAAAAAACCCCGAGCAAAAUAAAGGCUUCGGCAGUUGCAGGUCAGACAAUUAAAACAAGACAAUGGAUUGGGGAGCUCUGCAGACCAUCCUAGGAGGUGUAAAUAAACACUCCACCAGCAUUGGAAAGAUAUGGCUCACAGUCCUGUUCAUCUUCCGUAUCAUGAUCCUUGUAGUGGCUGCAGAGAGAGUCUGGGGAGAUGAACAAGAUGAUUUCAUCUGCAACACUCUGCAACCUGGUUGCAAAAAUGUUUGCUAUGACCACUUUUUCCCCAUCUCUCAUAUCAGACUCUGGGCCCUGCAGCUGAUCUUUGUUUCCACACCUGCACUGCUGGUGGCCAUGCAUGUGGCUUACAGAAGGCAUGAGAAGAAAAGGCAGUUCAGAAAGGGUGAUCAGAAAUGCGAAUAUAAAGACAUUGAAGAAAUCAGAACACAAAAGUUUCGUAUUGAGGGCUCCUUGUGGUGGACAUACACCAGCAGCAUCUUCUUCAGACUGGUCUUUGAAGCGGUCUUCAUGUAUGCAUUUUACUUCAUGUACGAUGGGUUCCGAAUGCCUCGCUUAAUGAAAUGUAAUGCUUGGCCCUGCCCCAACACAGUAGACUGCUUUGUUUCUCGACCUACUGAAAAGACAGUGUUUACUAUUUUCAUGAUUGCUGUGUCCAGUAUUUGCAUUCUGUUAAAUGUGGCUGAAUUAUGUUACUUGUUGGUAAAAUUCUUCCUCAAAAGGUCUAGAAAGGCUGGAAAUCCAAAACAUCACCCCAACCAUGAGAAUAAAGAAGAAACCAAGCAAAAUGAAAUGAAUGAGUUAAUAUCUGAUAGCUGUCAGAACACAGUCCCAGGAUUUUCAAGUAGCUAAGGUGAUGUGAAUGUUGGUAUUUGCUCUUUUUGGAGUGAAUUUUUUCUUUUUCUAAAGGCUGCAAAUAAAACUUGUGAUACUAAAUAGUUUAAGUUGGGUGAGACUUUGAUACAAAAUUUCAGGUGCAAUUUACACACCUGUCUGAAAAAAGUCAGGGCAGCCUAAACAUGUGAAAAUUACCUAAGGAUUAAAUAGGGAAGUAUAUUUUUCUGUGAAUAUCUUUACAAGUUGACUAUGGCAAGUGGGAAACCCACUGAUACCUUCAUGCUGACCCAGCUCCUGAAAAACUGUAUGCAACAGCAGUAAGAUCUAGCUUGGAAAGAAUUUUGUUAUUCUAGUAUUACAAGAUUUUUUGUAAUAGUGAUAGUUUUUACUUGUGAACUGACAAUUAAAAUAUUUUUGUAAAAUUCCAUGUUACAUAAGGUGUUAUAGUAAACAAUUGACUGUGUUUUGUUUUCAACCAGGUAUAUGCAGAUGUACCAAUAGUACCAUAUUAAUAGAGAGGAGAUAGCAGUAGGAUACAUCUAUACAGCUUUGAAAGCACUGCUUGAGUUUGGACAGGUAGCUUGUCACGUGCAUAUACACUGCCUGCCAUGGAGGGAGUCAUGUGAGAGCUGGCCACAUGCAGAUGCUUGGGGUAGCUAGGUCCUGGGGGCAAACUUGAGCCUUAAAACCAGCAUGACGAUAUAGAUAAAGCCAAGGUAGAUCAGUUUUAAAUAUCUAGCAGACCUGGUAUAAAUAAUCUUACUAAUUCUUUUACUUACAUACUGCCAGUCUUAAAAGAACAUAGGUAACUUUAUGUAAAUAGUCCAUUUAGCAUGUGUUCAUUUCUUUAAUGUAUUAACUAUAUUUGUUUCUUUAUACUCUAUCACAUCAUGGAGCCUUUUUGGUUUUGAUUUCUUUUUCUUUUUUUUCUUUUUUUUUUUUUGUGGUAGACUGAUGGUGCUGUGGUAUGAAACUAGGGGCAGUUUGGUGUGAAAGAUGUGCAAAAAAUGUCUUAAUAUUGGAAAUGGGGCAAGUCUUCUGAACAAAAGGCCAAUGCUUUAACCUUUGUCAGUGGAGUGAAAGUCUGUAUGUGAAUGCUGUAAGAAUACUGUUAGUGACAAAGCUGUUCAAAUAAAAAGCACUUUUGCUUAUAAAA